AUGACAUCAAAUGGUCGGCGGACAGCAUGUGUAACCGGCGCAACCGGCCUGCUUGGCCGCGAGAUCAUGGCUGCGUUUCGCCAGAGCCCCGCGUGGCGUGUUAAAGGCACAGCAUGUUCGCGAGCUGACGGCGUUGAAAUCGUCAAAGUUGACCUCGAGAACGAAGAUUCGAAUGAGCUCAACGUUCUCCUCGACCAAGUAAAACCUCACGUCAUUGUCCAUGCUGCUGCACAGAGGUUCCCGGACCGGGUUGACAAAGACCCCGAGGGAGCCAGGGCCCUUAAUAUCGACGCCAGCAGACGACUUGCCCGUGUAGCACUGUCCAGGGGUAUCCUGCUCAUAUAUAUCUCUACAGAUUAUGUCUUUCCUGGCAUACCGGGAGAUGCCCCUUACGAAGCUGACGCAACGCCACAGCCAACAAACUUGUAUGGGCAGACAAAGUUCGAUGGAGAACGGGCAAUUCUAGACGAGGCCGCAAAAGCUGGAAAACCUGGUGCGGCGAUAGUACUACGCGUCCCGGUUCUCUACGGUCACGCUGAAACACCUGCCGAGAGCGCUGUCAAUGUCUUGAUGGAGUCUGUAUGUGAAGGUGCCAGGAUUAAAAUGGACCACUGGGCCGUUCGGUAUCCUACCAACACCGCGGACGUCGGCCGUGUAUGUCGAGAUGUAGCAGCCAAGUAUCUCGAUGCCGGUGAGUCUGGCCAUGGCAGGUCACUACCAUCGAUCCUACAAUUCUCUAGUGAGGACAAAAUGACAAAAUACGAGAUUUGUCAGUUAUUUGGACAGAUCAUGGGGCUGGAUACCUCAAACAUCGAGGCAAACACCCAAGGCAAUGAUCCGAACGCUACUGUGCAGAGGCCUUAUGAUUGUCAUCUCAGCACAAAGCUGCUCCAGGAGUUGGGCAUCGACGUUUCCACGUGCAACUUUGCGGAUUGGUGGCGUCGAGAGGUUCGAGCGUUCAGCAAGUAG